AUGGAAGCCGUGAUCGAUAAGCAACGUAUGAUCGAGAUCAAAGCAAUGCUGCAGAAUAUGGAAGCCAUUGUGGAAGAGAAACGCAAUACCACACCUUUCAACCCUUUACCUCAUUGUACUUUGCACAAAGUGUUAUCUCAAGUUGCUCCACAAUUUUAUACUGAACAAGAGUUAGCACAAAUAGAAGAAAUCGAUCAAAGUUAUUGUCAAGUCAAUAACAAAAAAAGGGGUCGCUCAAGUGAUGAAGGCAGCGUGUCUCAUGAAGAAAGAGGAGUGAAACCAAAGCGCACGAAGAAGAGGGAACUUAAAAAGAAAGUUAGGGAAAUUGUGUCAUCACCGCCGCCAAAAUUGCCUAUGAUCGUCGAGAACAAGAUCAAAGAGUUGAAUGGUCGUGAUAUCAAAUAUGUCAUGCAUAAGGAAUUGUUCCCGUCAGAUCUUGACAAAGAAAAAGCUCGUCUUUCACUUCCAGUCGAACUCGAUUAUCUUAACGAGAUGGAAAAGAUGGAGUUAAAGAAAAGAAACGAAAAAGGUAAACUAGUUGGUUUAGGAGUGGGUUUGUUGGAUCCUUGUUUUAGACUGUUCUCAAUGUCCUUAAGGAAGUGGGACAUGCGCAGUGAUAGUGUUUACAAUCUUGUUCAGGAAUGGAAACUUGUUUUGUUGAAAAACAAGUUUAAAAAGGACCAAAAACUUAACAUUUGGUCAUUUAGGGACAACGAAGACAAGUUGCACUUUGUACUCGACGACAGAGUAAUCGACGACAGAGUAAAUUCCGAAGAAAGUGAAGAGCUAAAAAAUUCAGAUAACAGACAAGUAAAUUCCGAAGAAAGUGAAGAGCUGAACAAUUCAGUUGAGAUCCCUAAAACAAGUGAAGCAUAAAUGUUUGACUUAAUAGUUAGUACUAUAUUAUUAUCAAAGUUUUUAAUUC